AUGGCAGAGACAAAUAAAGGAAGAAGUGAAGAAGAAGUUGCAAGGGCAUUUGUGAAUCACUAUUACCAUCUCUUUGACAAUGAUCGAUCUUCUCUUUCCACUCUCUACAAUCCCACCUCGUUGCUUACUUUCGAAGGCCAAAAGAUCUACGGCGUGGAAGAUAUCUUCAAUAAGCUCAAACAACUUCCGUUCGAUCAGUGUCGUCAUUUGAUCAGCACCGUUGAUUCGCAGCCGUCCUCAAUGGCCGGUGGCUGUGGCGGAAUCCUUGUCUUUGUGAGUGGUAGCAUCCAGUUACACGGCGAGGAUCAUCCUCUUAGGUUUAGCCAGACGUUUCACUUGGUCCCUCUUCCACAAGGAAGUUUCUUCAUCCAAAAUGAGAUGUUUCGGCUCAACUACGGUUGAAGUUAUUUGAACGUCUUUAAACUUUUAUGUUUUCUAAUCGAUAUUUAUAUAUUGCAAUCAGACUAAUAAUAUAGUCAAUAAUUCAACGAAAAUCAAUCUUUCAUAUCGAUUAAUAAAACAAAAUGAUAUAUUGUUCUGUGUUA